GUGUACGUUUUCUAUGAUCUAUAUUUGCUCCUGUUUAUUUAUGUUAUGAACUAUAUUUAGUUUGAAAGAUGACAGCAGGUGCGUGCUGCAGUCUAGUGGCUGUCGCGCUGCUUUGGGGCGGCACCAAUCCACUGCUGAGGCGGGGCGGCACGAGUGCAAAGCCCACAAAGUCUUCCAAUACGAUCACUGGGUUUCUCUCUGAAGUUACGCACCUCGCCACAAACUGGAAGUUCUUGUUUCCAUUCCUGAUCAACCAAUGUGGUUCACUUUUGUACUUCCUUACUUUAGCAGACACAGAUCUGUCGUUAGCAGUUCCGGUCGCCAACUCCCUCACGUUUGUGUUCACGGCACUGGCCGGCUUGGCACUCGGGGAGCCGCCUCCCAGCAAAGGCACAGCUGCCGGCAUGUUGCUGAUUACUUGCGGAAUCAUCCUUUGCAUUGUCGACAAGAUGUAGCAUGGCAGAAACUACAGAAAAUAAACAUGUCUGUUUUGAAAAGAAGCAUUAAUAAAAUUGAAGUGGUCGGUGCGCGUCAUUUGAACUUCGCGCCGUGCGGCGGGCUUCGGCGCUCCUUCCCUUCCUACUUCCCCCCCCCCCCCCCCUUUUCUGCGUCCAGUGCUGUGUCUGACCUCCCCUCUUGAGGUGUCCGCGCAUGCGCGUGGCGCCCUCUUUCUUACUUAAAACUAGAUGUAUUGCCUUGAAGGUUCUUCUUGUUCGUUAGCACUUAGUCGGUGGUCAUCCGUUGCUGAAUUAAGCAUGUAGUCAGAUAAUUGCUUUAGAGAGAGAGUGUGACAGCGGGGAGAAUGCACGUAAGUGUUUGUAAGGUGGUGACCCUUACAGUUAUGUAAUUGGUAAUUGGUAAUUGCUAUUCUCUAAAUUCUUAUUUCGGCCGUCACCAACUAAAUUCUAUUUGUCAUUUAUUUUUUAUCUUGCUCGUUUUUGUAUUAAUUGCUCUCUAUAUCACGUGUAAUUUGUUUGACGUUUCUCCUCGUCAUGUCGUCACUCUUCGUUUGGACUUGUUUUUUACGUAAUGUAUUUAAUGUAUUCAUUUGUGAGUUUUCUUUUGAUAUCAUGCUUUAUCAUGCUUUAAACUAAGCUUUAAACCGCCUAGUGUAGGUCAGGCCGCGGUCGCCUGCAUGUUCAAUUAACGUGUUUUGUAUUCACUAAUGAGGCAUUUGUCUGUGUAAACGACAUUCAUUGUCCCUGUGUGUAAGCGUUAAAUUAAUUGUAAAAUUUCUAUCUAUCAAGUAUCUUUCAAGUUUCUAUCAUGUAUUCUAUCAAGUAUUUAAUCCUAAAGAAAAUAUAGAUAUGCGUUCACGUAUUUUGCCGUGGCAUGUGUACUAGCACUAUCAGUAUUAAGCAAGUAUUAAUUAUAUGUGAAAGAAUGAUGUAUUUGUAUGAUGAACCACGUGAGGCCUUUGCCCAUGAUUAAACGAACUAAGUUAA